AGUGCGAUGUUUCGCCGAUUCAUCGUGGGCUCCGGGAAUCAUAAAAGGCGAGCCCCGGUAGAAGGAGAAGCACCAUCAUUCACGUCCACUUCCAGACGUGUACAAAGACAUCCGCGACGACGACACAAGACACGCAACGCCCGAUACGUACAAAUCUGCGUCGAUAGACGCUGACGACGUUCUUUCUCCGAUGCAUCGCACCCAACUCACUCCACUGGGCACCGAUCAUCAAUGAGAUCCUCGUACGCACCCACGCGCUGCGGGUCCGAGUUUGUUUUUUUAUUUUUUUAUUUUAGUUUUUUAGUUUUUUUUUUAGUUUUUUUUUAGUUUUUUUUUGUUUCGCUUUGUUUUGGGUACAGGACCGUCUUCGAUGGUUUGGAGGCUGGUUGAUUGACGAUUCUCAUGGCCGCCCCAACUUCAGCAUCAGUGGCCUCUCUGUAGCAAGCUUGCCCUGAAGGUUUGAAUUCUGACAUCAGUGUAGUGGCAGCUCAGAACGAAGAGGCGGAGAGCUUCAAUGGGAAGAGAUUGAGAGUUUGACGCGAGCGAGAGAGAAGGAGCUGGGGAGGUUGUGAGGGAGUCGAUGGAGGUUGUGGGAGUGGGCCUAGAUUUGAGCGAUUGUAGGAGGAUUUGAGGGCCAGGGAGUGGGAUUGCCAGUGGAGAGCGGGAUAAUGACGGAUUUGGUAUGGCGCUACUUGAAGAGCGUUGAAUCGAUGUGCUGAGGGGGACGAAGUGUGGGCGAGGGCAAGAUUGGAUUGGUCAUGGAUGUGUCGGGAGAGGAGGAUCACUCAAUGUGCUUAACUAGGAGCUUGAGUCCUGGGUUUUUGAGCGAUUCGCAAAAUGGAGAUGGAAGUAUGGCUGGAGGCGUUGGAACGUAGGCUACAGGUUGGUACAGGAAUCGAUUUCUGUUGAAGGUGUAGUAGUGAGGGAGUUCAAGGCUUGACCGCGCGAUCAGUUUUGAAACCUUUUUAAGAUCAUUUGGGUGGUUCUGCUUUCCCGCAAGAUUGUUCAUGUAUCUUUGCAACGAAAGGCUGCCCAGUGUGGGGCCCAGUGUAGGUUCAAUGGCUCAACCUGCUGAGAAAGUGGAGAAGAGGAGCCUCAACUCGGAGCUGUGGCAUGCAUGUGCCGGCCCCUUAGUAUUAUUGCCUCCUGUCGGUAGCCGGGUGGUUUACUUUCCACAGGGUCACACAGAACAGGUAGCAGCAUCAAUGCAGAAGGAGGUUGAUGCUCAUAUUCCUAAUUAUCCCAACCUUCCAUCACGGCUAGUCUGCCUGCUUGACAAUGUCACGCUUCAUGCUGAUAUUGAGACGGAUGAAGUGUAUGCUCAGAUGACGUUGAUACCCGUACCUCCUACUAAUGAGAAAGACGCUCAUAUGUCUCCUGAUAUUGAAAUGCGAAGUAGACAGCCAACAGAAUAUUUCUGCAAGACCUUGACGGCUAGUGAUACUAGCACACAUGGUGGCUUCUCUAUUCCACGAAGAGCUGCUGAGAAAGUUUUCCCUCCCCUGGACUACGCUCAGAUCCCACCAGCUCAAGAACUAAAAGCUCGGGACCUACAUGAUCAGGAAUGGCACUUUCGACACAUAUAUCGUGGUCAACCACGAAGACACCUUCUAACAACAGGCUGGAGUGUCUUUGUUAGCGCUAAAAGGCUUCAAGCUGGUGAUGCAGUUUUGUUCACUAGGGAUAAUAAAGGCCAAUUGCAGCUUGGAAUUCGUCGACAAAACAGGCAACAAAGGGUGAUGCCCUCGUCAGUGUUGUCAAGUGACAGCAUGCACAUUGGAGUACUAGCAGCUGCAAAUUAUGCAGCUGCUACAAGUAGCCGUUUCACCAUAUUCUAUAAUCCGAGGCAAAGUCCGUCAGAGUUUGUCAUUCCUGUUGCCAAAUACCAGAAGGCUAUUUGCCAUCUCCAGGUCUCAGUUGGGAUGCGGUUUCGGAUGGUUUUCGAAACCGAGGAAUCCAGUGUUCGAAGAUAUAUGGGAACAAUCACUGGAAUGGGAGAUUUAGAUCCAAUUCGUUGGCCCAACUCCCACUGGCGUUCUUUGAAGGUUGGUUGGGAUGAAUCAACCGCAGGUGAGAGAAAAAAACGAGUUUCACUGUGGGAUAUAGAACCGUUGACAUUUCCGUAUGUUCUGUGUCCCCAACCCCUUGCUUUUCGAGCGAAGCGUCCACGAGGAGGAAGAGAUGAGGAGACAGACUCCAUGCUGAAGAAGUCAUCAUUUUGGUCAGGAGAGAACAGCACUGAUGCACUCGGAAGAUUAACUUUUCGAACUCCUUCUCUGGAUUCGUGGAUGCGGCCCAAGCAACCUGGGUUACCAAUGCAGGAAAACGAGCAUUACCGAGCGCUUGAAGCGGCAGCUCUGGAAGAGAUCCGCACCACGAGCACUGCAAAAAACCCAAUGUCUCGUGUACAGUCUUCUAUCCCCUCUUCACAAAUGCAAUUCCAGCCGCCACACGUCUUGAGGCAAUCGAGUCAGCAUGGUGAGCUACACAUGCCCGAGGCUUCUGGGCCAUUGCUUCAACUUUCAUCUAGUCGUCCUCAGUCUCCAUUUGAGGUAGGAAUCAAUAUGCCUCAAUGCUCGGGGUACAGUGAAGGGAAAAUUCACAUGGCUUCAUCACUUUCUGCCUCUGAGUCAUUUCCUCUUCAUUCCAUGUUGGGCCGAACUCACCUCGGGUGUGACACUGUACAAGUUACGCAUGUGAUACGGCCAGGUAAAAGUGCCCAGCAAAAUCUAUCUGGAGCCGCUAUUCAUGGAAGCAGUGCAGUUGUGCGUGACCCUCAGGUAUCUCCAUCUUGGUAUCCACCUAAUCGAGAUCUGAAUCAAUAUGACGUGUCUGUUCGUAUGAACCAGUUGGAUACUUCACCAACCUCGAGAAAUCCUGGCUCUUUUACUUUCCCACAACAGGGUGAGGGAAUCGGCCAAUCUAACCUGGCAGCGCUGCCAGCACCUACCUCAUCUUUCAUGUACAGGGAAAGUGGCCAGGCGCAAGAUUUAGUGCAGUCAGACCGUCGUCUUCUAUUCGGGGUCUCAAUUGAGCAGCAGCCACUUGGGGACUCACAUUCUGUUACAUCCCGUCACCCUCAAACAUUUGUCAAGAACAAGGAUGCUCAGAGUCGUUUCCCAGGCAACAUCAUGCUUCAAGGAUCCUACUGCCCUUCUACUACUGCAGACAUUCCUACUGUGGGUGGCGUGGUUCUUGACAAAAUUGGUGUAUUUCAGAGAUGUGCACCAUGGUCAAUCAUGUCACCUGCUCCUAUGCGGACGUUUACGAAGGUCCAUAAGCUUGGAAGUGUAGGCAGGUCAAUAGACGUUCAGAAGUUCCAGAACUAUUCAGAGCUUCGAGCCGAGCUGGCUCGGCUAUUUAAUCUGGAGGGCUUGUUGGAAGAUCCUCAAACAUCAGGCUGGCAACUUGUGUUUGUAGAUAAUGAAAAUGACAUCCUUCUUGUUGGAGACGAUCUGUGGGAGGAAUUUGUGAGUUGCGUGCGAUCGAUCAAGAUUCUGUCACCAAAUGAAAUAUUGCGGAUGAGUCGGGAACAACUUGAGAUUUUGAACCCUGUCCCGAUGCAGCUGCGCCCGACGUGCAGCAAUUCUGAGGACGCCCGCACUCAACUGUCUCCUGCCAACGCCUCGACUAUGUCCUUAGAGCAUGGACACUCUGGUGCCGGAUGAAAAGGGACGAGGUCUCGUAACCCCAGGAGAAAUAAAUCUGGCACACACCAGUUCUGCAUGGAUUGAAUGAGCCCAAGGUUCUUAUGCUUCAAGACGUCAGCUCACAGUUUGAGAGCACGCAUCUCAUGGCGGCACCGAAGAUGAACAACAGCUGCAGUCUCAGAGCACUACGAUGAGCUUGCUAGAGUUAUGUUCUUUGGGGCUCGUUGUAAUGUAUCCCGUUACGAGACAGUUACAAGAGCAGAGUAACUCAACAAAACUGUGAAGGGAUUAAUAGUCAUGUGACCUGCAGCUGAAAAGUGCGAUUUUAACCGGCGACCUGAGCAAUCAUUCGGUUGAUGACAUAUAACAUAUCCGAAAAAUCGAUAGAGAUUGAGGAGCUUCUCUGAAGGCCUGCGGUGCGCAAGACAUAAUUUGAUGAAUUCACUCCCUAGAUCUAAACAGGCUGCGUAGCUUGAAGUUAGCUUCUGAAAUAGUGAGAAAAGAUAAAACUGAAGAGAUCUUUGCAAGAAAGCUGGGCUAUACUUAAUUUUUGUGUUUAGCAGCCUAGAAUUCAUAUGAGCUCUUUUCCGAGGUACAAUACUUGGGGCAUCUUCUACAGCAUCUUCUAGUGAUCAGAGUGUUUUACAAUUGUUCACUACUGGUUUUAGUUUCAGAAGAAUUGCCAGCGGGACUUGGUUCAAGUACUCAGCUUUUAAGUUCCACUGCAAAUGUGAUUGAUGCAAUGUGUGCCACAGUAUGAGUAGGUGUAGUGUCUAGAAAGUUACAAUUAGCAUAUUUAUAUGCUGGAAGGAAUUAAUAGUUUACGUGCAUUGACAGGUCACAAAAAGGUUUUGGUCAUGUAUUGCUUCAAUUUUUUUGUGACCUGUCAAUGCCCUGUCAUGUAUGCCUCUUGUAUUGCUUCAAUCACAAGCUAGACAAGUCCAUCUUGUAAGUA